GACGAUAGCUGUCUUGUCUGUACAUAUUCUAGCUUCAUCGUACAAGUUACGACUUACGACCUAGUUCUCCUUGCAAAUCCUCGGCCAUGGACAUCCAGCUCCCAUCAAACGCGGACGUCGUCGAGCACGACCAGGCGAGCGCGCCGGGAAAGGAACGCGAGCGAGAUCCCAUCUUGGGCGGUGACCUGAUCAACUUGAGCAACGGUGCUGGUGUGGACAGCGAGCAGCAGUCCGAAAAUGGAGAUGGGGACGAGCAGAACGACGAGGCCGAGGAGGAACCUCUCGGGGACGAUCCUCAGACCUUGCACAAUCUCGCGACGACCUACCUGGCCGCACAGACCUACCCGCUCGUCAUCCCUUCCUACUCGGCAUGGUUCAAUCUGAGUACGGUCCACGCUCUCGAGAGGAAAUCUCUGCCCGAGUUUUUCAGCGGCAAGAACAGGAGCAAGACGCCUCAGAUCUACAAGGAUUACCGGGAUUUCAUGAUCAAUACGUAUCGACUGAACCCGUCCGAGUAUUUGACGGUGACGGCGUGUAGGAGGAAUCUGGCUGGAGAUGUGGGAGCGAUCAUGCGAGUACAUGCAUUCUUGGAGCAAUGGGGAUUGAUCAAUUAUCAAAUUGACCCGGAGACGAAACCCGCCGCUCUCGGUCCUCCAUUCACCGGUCAUUUCCGAGUCACUCUCGACACUCCUCGGGGCCUCCAACCUCUUCACCCCGGUACGAAACCCACCCCGCAACCCGACCGACCUUCCCUUUCCUCGAGCUCUGCUACACCCCGUCCUCCUCCCCAUCCUACCAAUCUCGACCUCCGGAAGACCAUCUACAACACCUCGGCACACGACACCGUCCCCAUCACCGCUCAAGACGCACAAAAGGCCAUCAACGACAGCGCCUCCGCCUCGGCCGGUCCGAGUGCGAAAAAGGCCUACUCGUGCGAGGUCUGCGGGGUGGAUUGUACACGGGCGAGGUACCACUCGUUGAAGGAUGGCAAGUACGUCAUCUGCGUUGCUUGUUAUUCCAGCGGCAGAUUCCCCAGUACGAUGCAUUCCGGAGGAUUCGUCCGGAUGGACGACGAGGCGUUCAAGCAUGCCACAGCGGCCGAAGGGGGAGAGUGGUCGGACCAGGAGACGCUCUUGCUGCUCGAAGGGAUCGAGAUGUACGACGAGGACUGGCUCAAGGUCGCCGAGCACGUCGGGACGAGGAGCAAGGAACAGUGCGUCAUGCAUUUCCUGCAGCUUCCCAUCGAGGACCAAUACCUCGACGAACCGGGCGCGGAACUAGGACCGCUUAGGUUCGCUAGCAAGUCGUUGAACGGGUCGGCUUCGGGGGGACUGCCGUUCUCGAAAGCCGACAACCCGGUGAUGAGCGUUGUAGCCUUUUUGGCGAGCGCGGUAGGGCCCGGGGUGGCUGCCGCAGCGGCUCAGAAGGCGUUGGGCGAGUUGACGGACGGGCUGAAAGCUGGGAUCAAGGCGAGUGCGGACAGGGCGGCCGAGGCGGAUGCUGCUGCGGAGAAGGAGAAGGAAGCAGAGAGCAAAAAGAGCGAGGCCGAGCAGGAUGGAAUGCAGGUGGACGAGUCGACGACAGCCGUAGCAGGCGAGAGCGCAACAGGCGAGCCGAAGGUCGAAAAGGACGACGUCGAGAUGGACAAGGAGGAUGGGGGACGAGAAAAGUCGGUCAAUGCCGGCGAGACGUCGACAAGUACAGAAGUAGCGGCCGCAUCGACGGGUCUACCACACUCGCACGUCCAGCACGUCGCGACCCUCGCCCUCGGUGCCGCUGCCGCCAAAGCGUCCGCUCUCGCCGUCCAUGAGGAACGUCAACUCGAAUCCCUCGUCACCCGACUGGUCUCGGCCCAGAUGAAAAAGCUCGAGCUCAAACUCGGCAUGUUUGAAAAGUUUGAAGAGAUGCUCGAGCAGGAGAAACGACAGCUCGAGAUUCAAAAACAACAGUUCUUCAAGGACAAGCUCAGCCUGCAGAGUCAGCUGGCCAACGCGCAAGAGUUGUUGAACAAGGCGAGGGCGGGGCAGAACCCUGCUCAGGUUGCGGCGGACGUCGCCAAGGCCAUUCAGGCCUCGGCACCACAAUCGACGGCAGGCGGCGUUCAACCUGUACCGAUGGAAGGGGUGGAAGUACCGACGGACGGGUCGAUUAAACCUUUGACGUAGCGAGAUGCAUGUUUCGCGGCCGGACUAGACAAAACGAAAGAAACGUAGCUUGUUUGCCUCCUCUUCUCAACUUGGGCUCAGAGGUUUUCCUUCCUCCUCUAUAUCAGCGCCAGCGUUGGCUGCUUUCGAUUUGUAUCAUGAUAGAUUUCUCCCUCAUUAAUACGAUGUCAAGAUUACCUUCGCGAA